UCACCAAGUUCCUUUCCAGGGAGAAAGCUUGGGAAGCAACAUAAUGAGUUGAAGGACCCUUAAGAGUGGAACUAUAUGAACGAUGUUUGCAAGGGUGGAUUCCCUCCAGAUUUUCAUUCACAUACCCAGUGUGAGCCUGUGACACUCUCCCUGUGGGCACUACUUGCAGUGAGAGUCUAAAGGAAGCUAUUAAUCACAGUAAAGGAAAAGCUUUGCUUAGGUGAAUUCAGGUGCUGGAAAAUUCUAUGGUCUGUCCCGAGCCUAAAAUGAGAAAAGAGGGUUCUGGCAAAUGGACAGAAGAGUCGCAAAGAACUGAAAGACCUUUCCUAGACAAUAGUGUAGUCACUCAAGAAGUAGAAGAGAAUUCAGCCAUGGCCCCAAGAAAGAGAGGUGGACGGGGGAUUUCAUUCAUUUUUUGCUGUUUCCGAAAUAAUGAUCACCCAGAAAUCACAUAUCGGCUGCGAAACGAUAGCAACUUUGCACUUCAGACCAUGGAGCCAGCAUUGCCCAUGCCCCCCGUGGAGGAGCUGGACGUCAUGUUCACUGAACUUGUGGAUGAACUUGAUCUCACAGACAAACACAGGGAGGCCAUGUUUGCACUUCCAGCUGAGAAAAAAUGGCAAAUAUACUGUAGCAAGAAAAAGGAUCAGGAAGAAAACAAGGGAGCAACAAGCUGGCCUGAAUUCUACAUCGAUCAGCUCAAUUCCAUGGCUGCUAGAAAAUCUCUGCUUGCAUUAGAGAAGGAAGAAGAAGAAGAGAGAAGUAAAACCAUAGAGAGUUUGAAGACAGCACUACGGACAAAACCAAUGAGGUUUGUAACCAGAUUCAUCGACUUGGAUGGCCUGUCAUGUAUUCUCAACUUUCUAAAGACCAUGGACUACGAGACCUCAGAGUCUCGCAUACAUACCUCUCUCAUUGGAUGUAUAAAAGCGCUAAUGAACAACUCUCAAGGUCGGGCUCAUGUCCUGGCUCAUUCUGAGAGUAUUAAUGUAAUUGCUCAGAGUCUGAGCACAGAGAACAUUAAAACAAAGGUGGCUGUGCUGGAAAUCUUGGGCGCCGUGUGCCUGGUUCCCGGGGGCCACAAGAAAGUUCUGCAGGCCAUGCUGCACUACCAGAAGUAUGCCAGUGAAAGAACCCGCUUUCAGACGUUAAUUAACGACUUGGAUAAAAGCACGGGGCGGUAUCGAGAUGAAGUGAGCCUCAAGACUGCCAUCAUGUCCUUCAUCAAUGCCGUGCUGAGCCAAGGCGCGGGAGUGGAAAGUUUGGACUUCAGACUUCAUCUUCGCUAUGAGUUUCUGAUGUUAGGAAUUCAACCUGUCAUAGAUAAAUUAAGGGAACAUGAAAAUUCAACAUUGGAUAGGCAUUUAGACUUUUUUGAAAUGCUCCGAAAUGAAGAUGAACUAGAAUUUGCCAAAAGAUUUGAACUGGUUCACAUAGACACCAAAAGUGCAACUCAGAUGUUUGAGCUGACCAGGAAGAGGCUGACCCAUAGUGAAGCUUACCCUCACUUCAUGUCCAUCCUGCACCACUGCCUCCAAAUGCCUUACAAGAGAAGCGGCAACACCGUUCAGUACUGGCUACUACUAGAUAGAAUUAUACAGCAAAUAGUCAUCCAGAAUGACAAAGGACAGGACCCUGACUCCACACCUCUGGAAAACUUUAAUAUUAAGAAUGUCGUACGGAUGUUGGUUAAUGAAAAUGAAGUUAAGCAGUGGAAAGAACAAGCAGAAAAAAUGAGAAAAGAGCACAAUGAGCUACAACAGAAAUUGGAGAAGAAAGAGAGAGAAUGUGACGCCAAGACCCAAGAGAAGGAGGAGAUGAUGCAGACUUUAAAUAAAAUGAAAGAGAAACUUGAAAAGGAGACCACUGAGCAUAAGCAAGUCAAGCAGCAGGUGGCGGAUCUCACUGCCCAGCUCCACGAGCUCAACAGGAGGGCUGUCUGUGCUUCAAUCCCAGGUGGACCCUCGCCUGGGGCCCCAGGAGGGCCCUUUCCUUCCUCUGUGCCAGGGUCUCUCCUUCCUCCCCCACCGCCACCUCUACCAGGAGGAAUGCUUCCUCCUCCACCUCCUCCCCUCCCUCCGGGGGGUCCUCCUCCUCCCCCAGGGCCUCCUCCCUUAGGGGGCAUCAUGCCACCUCCUGGUGCUCCACUGGGCCUGGCACUAAAGAAGAAAAACAUUCCUCAGCCCACCAACGCCCUGAAAUCCUUCAACUGGUCCAAGCUGCCUGAGAACAAGCUGGAAGGAACAGUAUGGACUGAAAUUGAUGAUACAAAAGUCUUCAAAAUUCUAGAUCUUGAAGACCUGGAACGGACUUUCUCUGCCUACCAAAGACAGCAGGACUUCUUUGUGAGCGGUAACUCCAAGCAGAAAGAAGCAGAUGCCAUCGACGACACACUGAGUUCCAAACUUAAAGUCAAAGAGCUUUCGGUGAUUGAUGGUCGGAGGGCUCAGAACUGCAACAUCCUCCUGUCAAGGUUGAAAUUAUCCAAUGAUGAAAUCAAACGGGCGAUUCUAACCAUGGACGAGCAGGAAGAUCUUCCCAAGGACAUGUUGGAACAGCUCUUGAAAUUUGUUCCUGAAAAAGGUGACAUUGACCUUCUGGAGGAACAUAAACAUGAGCUGGAUCGGAUGGCUAAGGCUGAUCGAUUCCUUUUUGAGAUGAGCCGAAUUAAUCACUAUCAGCAAAGAUUACAGUCGCUGUACUUCAAAAAGAAGUUUGCAGAGCGCGUGGCCGAAGUUAAACCAAAAGUGGAAGCAAUCCGUUCUGGCUCAGAAGAGGUGUUCAGGAGCGGUGCCCUGAAGCAGUUGCUGGAGGUGGUUUUGGCCUUUGGAAAUUACAUGAACAAAGGCCAAAGAGGCAAUGCGUAUGGAUUCAAGAUAUCUAGCCUGAACAAGAUUGCCGACACGAAGUCCAGUAUUGACAAGAACAUUACACUUUUGCACUAUCUCAUAACUAUUGUGGAAAAUAAAUACCCCAAGGUUCUCAGCCUCAAUGAAGAACUUCGGGACAUUCCUCAAGCAGCAAAAGUAAACAUGACGGAGCUGGACAAAGAAGUCAGCACCUUGAGAAGUGGCCUGAAAGCCGUGGAGACGGAGCUGGAAUAUCAGAAGUCUCAGCCCCCGCAGCCUGGAGAUAAGUUUGUGUCUGUUGUCAGCCAGUUCAUCACAGUAGCCAGUUUCAGCUUCUCGGAUGUUGAAGAUCUUCUAGCAGAAGCUAAAGACCUGUUCACGAAAGCAGUGAAACACUUCGGGGAAGAGGCUGGCAAGAUACAGCCGGAUGAGUUCUUCGGCAUUUUUGAUCAGUUUCUUCAAGCUGUGUCAGAAGCCAAACAAGAGAAUGAAAACAUGAGAAAGAAGAAGGAGGAGGAGGAGCGCCGAGCUCGCAUGGAAGCUCAGCUCAAAGAACAGCGUGAAAGGGAGCGUAAGAUGAGGAAAGCUAAAGAGAACAGUGAGGAAGGCGGAGAGUUUGAUGACCUGGUUUCAGCUUUGCGCUCGGGAGAAGUGUUUGACAAAGACCUUUCCAAACUGAAACGGAAUCGCAAACGCAUUACCAACCAGAUGACGGACAGCAGCCGAGAGAGACCAGUCACAAAACUUAACUUCUAAUUUUCCUUGAAUACUUUUUUAGAAAGCUCAAUAGCAGCCCUUUGAAGUGACUAGAACUUUUCAUUACACUGCCUUGCAAUCCGAACAGUGGCAAUUUCUUCUUCCAUCCGUGAGUGAAUGUGUGAAUGUGUGUAUGUAAAUGUAUGUGUAUAUGUACAUUAAAAACUGUAUAUAGAAGUCUGAGUGUUGUCUGGAGACCUGUCCAUAUGGUUUGUACAAAUCUGUGUUAAUAUCCGUGCUCAGAGACCCUUUGUGUGAACAUUCAUACUGAGUGUGGCUCACCUUCCCCUGAACACCGCGACUGCUCAGAAGCACAAGCGCAUCUCCUGGAAGAGAUGACAAAGACAUUCCUUAGAGUACAGAGAAAAAAAAGCUUGAAAAGUAUUUCAUGAUGUCCAGGCUUGGCAUACUUUGAAAUUAUUUUCAUUGGUGAAACUGGUGUUGGAAAAAUAUAGAUUGAAAAUGGUGUUUGAUAGUUACAUGUGAUGCUGGUGCGUCAGUACCCGACGGGACCGGCUCAGACUCUGACACAGUGGGGGAUGCCAUCUGUAACUUCACGGAGAAUGCACACAAUCUGAACUAUGUAGGUCAAUCAGAACUUUUUAAUAUAUUUAAAACUUGGACAUCCAUUUUUUUUCUUAAUUUCAUCAAGCUCUCUGCCAAGCGUCUUGAUGAUUUCUUCACAUUGCUUUUGGAAAGAACACUAUUUAUCUAAAUACAAUCUAUGCUCUUGUUAAAGAACAAGAUUGCCAGAAUGUGUUUGUUCUAACAUCAUAGAGUAUCAACUUUAAAAAUAUAAUUUCCCACCCAACACCUAAAAGGAGGAAUUCACUGAAGGGAUAAAAAUUAUUUUUUAAAAUUGUUAUGGGGUGCCUUCCUUUUUUUUCUUUUGGUAUCAUCUAUCCUCUGUUUCUUAGGACAAGCUGCAUCUUCUGUAAAUAUAGGUCUGGACUAAAGGAUGCUUAGUAAAUGCACAAAAUGUCAACAACAGAGAUGCCAAGAUCUAUUUAUCUCUAAGUACGUCUGAAGUGGUUUCCUGUUAUAUGUUGUCAUUUUAAAUUGUGUGUCAGUAAAGCUACCUGUAAGACUUCAGUCCAAAAGAUAAAGCUCUCAGGGAGAAAUGAAUAAAAACAAUGAACAUUAGAAAAGAAAAUAUAGAUGCUUACCAUUAACCUACCAAUUCUUAAUAUCUUUAAAUUAUAUAUAAAGAGGACUGUUACUUUUUUUUUUUUUUUUUUUGGCUUUGCUUUAUUUAUUUGUAGUGGGGGAGGGGGGCUAAGGUUCUCUCUUUUCUUUCCAUCAAUCCUAUUGUGGUUGAGUUUCCUGUGGAGAGAGUAGUUUGUCCUGUUGCACUAGAACAUUAUUUACUCACUAAAUUGAGUUUUUCAGUCAAUUAACAAAUAUUUAUUAAAUGCCUACUAUGUGCCAGGCAUAGUACGGCUACAGUGGUAAGCAAGACAGAGCCCCUGCCCCACGGAGCUCGUGUUCUAAUGGGGAUAUUAGGGGUGAAUAGAAUACCAAGGCGUGCACUGUACAGGAAUUGUGCUAUUUAAAGAUAAUUUGUAUAAACUAUAAUGCUUAGCGCAGACGGCAAGUUCUCUGCGCUGUGUGAAAGCUGUGAAAUAGUGCUCUAAGAGUUGUCAAGAGCUGUGGUUUUACAUUUUCCCCCCAUUGCAAACUUAGCGACUUUCUGCAUAUUACUGGAAGUCGAUGACUCGAGCAAAUAAAACUCAAAUACACAGCAGGGUUGUGCUCCCCCAACCCGUGACUACCGUGGUCUGCAAAUACGCCUGUUCAAGGUGCGGACGGAGACUCGGCUCAAAGGCUUGGAGAGGAGGAGUGGGAUGUGCCGAUGGGUUUGUCUAUUCCUUAACUAAAGUGCCUCUAUGUAUAUUCUUUUCUAUUUAUAGCAGGAGAAAUUUGGUCUGGCUCAGUUUGGGGACUAUGUUGAAAAUGGCUUUGUUUUACAGUUUAAGGAAUAGACAAGUGGGUGGAGAGUCACCGAAAGGAGAAGCGUGAGCAGGUCCCUCGCCCUUUCUCAGCAUCCUUGUUUGAGAUGGCCAUCCUGGUAGGCCUCCUUCGCCAUUUCCAUUUUUGGUUUCUUUCCCAAAAAGCUGUGUGCAGGUAAUUUCAUGUGCCAUUGUUGAAAAAAAAUCUACUUUUUUAGAUUGGUGCUGGUGUAAGUAGCCACUUUUCUCUCUUGGGUGUGUAUUUUAAAGUUUGGUUGUUUUUUUGUUUGUUGUUUUUUUUAAAUUAAUGCCAAAAAGAAAAAGCAUUAUAAUUUGUAAACUUAAUUGUAUGUCUUGUAUCUUAUUAGCUUAGUAGUUGGAACACUUAGUCUUUAGGUGCAGGACUGUUGCUAUAGUACCAAGAAAACAAUGUUGUAUGUGUUAUGAGAGUGUACAUUUUUUUAAAUAGCAAUAUGCAAUAAAGAGAUGAAUUCAUUGGGUGUAUGUAUAUGCUUCC